AUGUCCCCAGACGACUGCCUAGGUGCCUUCAACGAGACCAGACCGACAUUGAUGACUCGCUACCGAACCGCAGCCUUCCAAGCUCUAGUCAACGCCGACUUCCUCACAACGAGAGAUUUCGAAGUAGUGCAAGCGCUGGUGCUAUUCCUAUUCACCAACCCUGAGUCGGAGUUGGCAUCCACACUUACAGCUGCCGCUCUCAAGCUGUGUAGGAACAUGGGCGUGCACAAUACCCGACCAGACCCGAAAAUCUCUUUCUUCCAGAGGGAAAUGCGCAUCCGUCUCUGGUGGCAGCUGUACGGCCUGGAAGCUCGAACUCGAGCUCUGACGACCCCAGAUGCAAGGACACCGCCUUCGAAGAACGAGUUCGGCGACGUCCGGCCCCCACUGAACGUCAAUGAUACGGACUUGCACCCAGACAUGACAGAAGCCCCAUCCGAGCAUAGCGGUCCGACCGAAAUGAUGUGCGUCUUGAUGAAGUACGAAGUCUUCAAUUGGAUUCGUUCCUCGCCCGCGGCUGCUCAGGUCUUCGAGCACAUCGCGCAGAGCCGUCUUCGAGACAAAACCGCGAUUGAGGUUGAAAGCAACGCCAUCAACGAGAUCGAGGCUAUCUACAACACAAAAUAUCUCCAACAUAUGGAUAAGAGAAUCCCCCUUCACGCCCAGACAUAUUCCAUGGCCAACUUGGUCCUCGCUCGUAUGAGGUUCAAAGUCUUCCAUCCGCGAGGGCGGGCACCAACCAAUGGAGCAGACGGGAUCACCAGUCGAGAAGAGAACGAAAUGGUCUUCGAGUUGGCCAUGAAAUGGGUUGAGCUGGCCGAAGAAGGUCUACGCAGCAGGUUCUCAUCGCACAUUUUCACGCACAUGACGUCCAAAUGCCACAUCGAUGCCUAUAUCUACCUUAUCAGCGAGCUCCGACGACGCUGUUCAGGAGAUCGCGUAGAUCGGGCUUGGGGGCUGAUCGAGCGGUUUUAUGACGAGUAUCCAGAGCUACUUCAGGACAGCAAAAACAGUUUCUUUCAAGCGCUAGGGAGCUUGACACUGGAAGCCUGGGAGGCUCGAAGGAAGGCUUCGGUUCAUGACCCAAGAUCGGGAGAGUGUGAAACGCCGGCUUUCAUCCAGUCGCUCCGGGAGAGGGCGAGAAACGAGGCGGAAGCUGACGAGCAGGUCUCAGAUCUGCAGAACCUGGACGGCCUCGGGCUCAUGGAUGACGGGAACCUGGAUUGGGAGUACUGGAACAACUUCUUGAGUUUAUAA